GCUUUCCCCCGAUAGGUUGGCUGAGUCAGUGAGUGAGUCAAAUGAUGUAUUCGAACCCGACUCACAGUAACGGCUACCACCAACAGCCGCAACACGACCACCAGCCGACCGAGCGCCGUCCCGAGAUGAGUCACGGUCAACGAGUUCGCCGAGGACGCCGUGGCGGGUCUAGGUCACGUGACUCCAGAGAUGGCCAUGACGGUGGUGCUAGCCUUAGGGUUUCCGACCAGAAAAACCUUCAACAGCAACAACAGCAGCAGCAGCAAAGGCGGCCUUGUACCGAGUUCGACAUGGCCUAUUUCCAUUCCUAUGCUCACGUUGGCAUCCACGAAGAGAUGAUCAAGGAUCAAGUGCGGACUGAAACUUAUAGACAAGCUAUCAUGCAGCACCAGAGUUCCAUAGAAGGAAAAGUUGUGGUUGAUGUUGGCUGUGGCACAGGCAUUCUUUCAAUAUUUUGUGCUCAAGCUGGUGCAAAACGAGUGUAUGCAGUUGAUGCAAGUGAGAUUGCACUGCAGGCAAAUGAAGUUGUCAAAGCAAACAAUUUAUCUGAUACGGUUAUUGUAUUGCAUGGAAGAGUAGAGGAUGUUGAAAUUGACGAGGAAGUUGAUGUUAUAAUAUCAGAGUGGAUGGGUUACAUGCUCUUGUAUGAGAGCAUGUUGGGAAGUGUCAUUAUUGCUAGAGAUCGAUGGCUUAAACCUGGAGGUCUUAUACUUCCUUCACAUGCAACGUUGUAUAUAGCCCCAGUGACACACCCUGAUAGAUACAGUGAAAGCAUUGAUUUCUGGCGCAAUGUUUAUGGAAUUGAUAUGUCAGCCAUGAUGCCAUUGGCUAAACAAUGUGCAUUUGAAGAACCAUGUGUGGAGACUAUAGUGGGUGAGAACAUCUUGACAUGGCCACAUGUGGUAAAGCAUGUUGAUUGCUAUACAGUAACAAUUGGUGAGCUGGAAUCGGUUUAUACAAGAUAUAACUUCAAAUCAAUGAUGCGAGCUCCAUUACAUGGGUUUGCAUUUUGGUUUGAUGUUGAAUUCGCCGGACCUGCAAUAUCUCCUACCAAUAGUCAUGCGCUACCUUCACUUACUGAGGCACCAGUUGAUGGUAAUCAGAGGAAGAAACGGGCAAACCCAAAUGAAGCACUAGUGUUAUCCACCGCACCUGAGGACCCACCGACACAUUGGCAACAGACAUUAAUCUAUUUCUAUGAGCCAAUAGACGUGGAGCAAGAUCAAGUGAUUGAAGGUUCUGUAACAUUAUCACAAAGCAAAGAAAACGCUCGGUUUAUGAACAUCCACCUUGAAUAUGCUUCAGGAGGUCGCUCCUUUGUGAAAGAGUCUGUCAUGCGGUGACUGUGCUUGUUGCAUUUUAAGGAUUGGUUACUCAUUCCUCUUGUUCUACCUGCCCCUCUCUUGCUGCCCCGAAAAGUUAGGCUUUUGACAGAGUUCAAAAACUUCAUUACCAGGGAUAAUUUGCGGGUUCACUCAUUUCACUAGUUUAACCAUGUAAAGAAGCCUUACAAAGACGAGAACCACGACUGAUUUUAAGAAAGUUUUGACAUUAACCCUGUUUGUUUGUGCUUUACAAAUGCUGAUUUAAGAGUGGUCUUGAUGUUGUUUCUUCAAAAGGUUCGUCAAAUGGGUCCAACUUUUGUAGCUGUUGAAUCUGUUUCUCCGUUGCAUAUCAUUAGAAUCUAGAACCGUGCCAGUUUUUAGACAUCUCCAGUUGAGCCCAUUUGACUUUGUAACAGAGUCAUGCUAACAUCCAUGUCAUUUAACUCAUUGUAUUUGUACCCUUAUUAAUCAUUGAUCAUCUUCAUUUAAGCA